AUGUCGUUGCGGCAAAAGGCUGACACUCUCAGACAAACGAUCGAUAAUCUCCUCGUGGCGGGGGUUGACAUGGCGGUUCCAAUUCUCAGGGUUGUCAAUGCUACCGCUGAUUGGUGUCCCCCUCUAAAGAUGGUCACUGGCGGUGCACUCUCCAUCUUCGACGAGGUUAAAAAGUUCAAGGAGGACAAGGAGCAAUGGGUUGGUUUUGGUGAAUACGUAGCUAGCACUACGGCCAAGGCAGUUUCAGCCAUAAAGUCUUAUGAUAUGUCAGCGGGGGAGGCAGGGUCAUGGGUAGAGGGUAUCGCGGAGCUUGGGAGCGCGUUACAGGAGAUAUUGUCCGAAAUCGGACAAAGACUUAGAAAACUAGAGGAACGGUCGGCUGUAAGAAAUGCAUGGUCCCACUAUCGAGACCCUGGAAGAAUUGAGGGCCUAAAGAGGAAUUUAGGCAAGGCGUUGGCAUCGUUUCAGUUUAGGACGAAUUUAACAAUUGGUGUCAAAUUAUCGACCAUAGAGGACAGCUUAGACCAUCUGAAGAGUGACCCAAUCCUCGGUAGUCUUCGAUACCCUCAAAUUGCCCACCACGAUUCAACAGAGGCGUGCCUAGAAGGCACUAGGGUGGAUCUCACGGAGCGUAUUAUGAACUGGUGUCGUAACACCGGGGACAACGAGAACCGGUUGAUGCUACUGACCUCCGUCGCUGGUGCUGGCAAGACUUCGAUUGUACACACAAUUGCAGAUAGAUGUAACAGGGAGGCUAUCCUGUUGCUGUGCUUUUUCUUCAGGGUUGGCGAACAGCCGCGGCCGGACUGUUUAUUCAGCGGCAUUGCUCGAGCUCUAGCAAGCCGUGAUGCAGAUUACCGCACCUUCAUUAUCUCUGCCCUUCGAAAAGACCCCACCCUCUCAACAGCUCCGUUCACGAUGCAGUUCGAGGAAUUGGUGGUUUCACCUCUCCAUAUCCUCCGGCGUCCCAGCCAUCCUAUGGUGGUCAUUAUCGAUGCUUUGGACGAAUGUGACGAAGAAGCAUAUCAGCCCCUUGCUAAGAUUCUCUGCGAGGAAGUACCCAAGUUACCAGCUUCCAUAAAGUUUUUCGUUACUUCGAGACAUGUUGAUCUCGUUAAUCGCUCCCUCUCACGUCAUUUCCCUAUCGAUCACCUCACCAUCGAUCUCCUCGAUGACACAAAUAUGCAUGACUGUGCUGCAUACAUCCGUUUCCAGCUACAAGAGCUUAAGAAUUGGCAUCCCAAUUUAGCGCAUAAACUCCAAAAUGAGGAUAGUGCGGUGCAGGAGAUCUUGGAUCGAGCGGGUGGCUUGUUUAUUUGGAUCAGCACCAUCUUUCGUUACAUGAAGAAGCCUAGGAAGGAUCCUAUGAGAACACUAUCGAACCUGCUCGACACCGGCACGGAACGAUCAAAGGUGCCGACUGAGAAGAUGAUGGAUGACCUGUAUACGAGGAUUCUGAAGAAGUUUGAUUGGGAGGAUGAAGAUUUCGCGCACGACUACCCGAUUGUGAUGGGGGCGAUUUUCGUUGCUCGGCAGCCUCUGUCUGUCACAGCCUGGGACGCAAUAUUGUCACCUUCUCUUAAUUCUUCGGUUCAAUAUGCGUUGGCCGAACUUGCUCCUCUGCUCUCAGGAGUUGAGGAUUCCCACAUUCCGGUUCGCAUCUUACACCAAUCUUUCCGCGAUUUUAUUGUCAAUCGGAUCAAUCCUCAAACAAUCAGCUCUCAUUGCACUCCCGUAGCGGUGGGGGUGGAGAAUGCCAGGGUUGCCCUGCGAUGUACCAAGAUUUUGAACGAGGGUCUCUGCUCUGUAAAGGGCUUAGGACAAAUCGAAAACUUGACCGAAAAGGAUGAAAUGCCGUGCAUUCCUCCAAAGGAGUUAUCUGAGCACUUUCGUUAUGCAUGUCGCCACAUUGUCCAUCACCUCAGUGAGGUCCGGGAACCAUCAGAGGAGCUUUCUGGGUCAAUUGGUAUGUUUCUGAGUCAGGAAGCAACUCGGUGGGUGGAAGUCUGCGUGAGAAUGGAAUGCUAUGUCAGUAUCUUGUUACUCCCUGAGUGGGCCAAGUUGGCUGUGGACCACAGCGCUGUUUGGGCACUGGCUAAUGUGCUUACUCAGCUUUCGUCGAAUUUGGUAUUUUUUUCAAGAUUCCAGGAGGCAUAUGAGGCAGCAAAUGAUUCUGUUGUGCUCUGCCGUUACCUUUUCUCUGUGGACUCAAGUUCCCACACCCCACAUUUGGCCGAAUCACUCAGUAGUCUAUAUAGAGCCCUUCACAAACUCGGACGGAACUUGGAGGCACUCUCAUCUGUUGAAGAAAGUGCCAAACUCUACCGCCAGUUGGUUGCCAUUCACCAAGGAUCAUACACCCCAAAUUUGGCCAUGUCACUCAAUAAUCAAUAUUUCGCUCUUUCCAAUCUCGGACAGCACUCAGAGGCACUCCCAUUCAUUGAAGAAAGUGUCAAACUCUUCCGCCAGCUAGUUGCUGUUCACCAAGGAUCAUACAUCCCGGGUUUGGCUGCAUCACUCAACAGUCAAUAUUCAGCUCUUUCCAAUCUCGGACGGCACUUGGAGGCGCUUUCAUUCAUCGAAGAAAGUGUCAAACUCCGGCGCCAGCUAGUUGCUGUCAGCCCAGAAUCAUAUAUGCCGGAUUUGGCCAUCUCACUCAACAAUCAAUAUUUUGCUCUUUCCAAGCUUGGACAGCACUCGGAGGCGCUCCCAUUCAUUGAAGAAAGCAUCAAACUCUACCACCAGCUAGUUGUCAUCCACCCAGGAUCAUACACCCCGGAUUUGGCCUUGUCACUCAACAAUCUAUAUACUGCUCUUUCAGAUCUCGGACAGCACUCAAAAGCGCUUCCAUUCAUUGAAAAAAGUGUCAAACUCUACCGCCAGCUAGUUGCCAUUAACCCAGAAUCAUACACCCCAGAUUUGGCCAUGUCACUCAACAAUCUAUGUGAUGCGCUUCACAACCUCGGACAAUACUUAGAGGCACUCCCAUUCAUCGAAGAAAGCGUCAAACUCUUCCGCCAGCUAGCUACCAUUCACCCAGGAUCAUACACCCCAUAUUUGGCUGUGUCACUCAAUAAUCUACGUAAUGCUCAUUCGCAUCUCGGACAGCACUUGGAGGCCCUCCCAUUCAUUGAAGAAAGUGUCAAACUCUACCGCCAGCUAGUUGCCAUUAACUCAGGAUUAUACACCCUGAAUUUGGCCGUGUCACUCAGCAAUCUAUGUAAUUCCCUUUCCGAUCUUGGACGGCACUCGGAGGCGCUCCCAUUCAUCGAAGAAAGUGUCAAACUCCGGCGCCAGCUAGUGGCUGUUAACCCAGGAGCAUACACCCCAAAUUUGGCCAUGUCACUCAAAAAUCUAUGUAGUGCUCUUUCGAAUCUCGGACGGCACUCAGAGGGGCUCCCAUUUGUUGAAGAAAGCCUCAAACUCUACCGCCAGUUAGUUGCCGCUCACCCAGGAUCAUACACACCGGAUUUGGCCAUGUCACUCAACACUCUAUUUAAAGCUCAUUCGGAUGUCGGACGGCACUCGGAGGGGCUCCCAUUCAUCGAAGAAAGUGUCAAACUCUACCGCCAGCUAGCUGCCGUCCACCCAGGAUCAUACACCCCGAAUUUGGCCUUGUCACUCAACAACCUAUAUGGUGCUCUUUCGAAUCUCGGACGGCAUUCAGAGGGGCUCCCAUUCAUCGAAGAAAGUGUCAAACUCUACCGCCGGCUAGUUGCCAUCCACCCCGGAUCAUAUGCCCCAGAUUUCGCCAUGUCACUCGACAAUCAAUCUUUGGCACUUUUGAAACUCGGACAGCACUCGGAGGCGCUCCCAUUCAUCGAAGAAAGUGUCAAAAUCCGUCGCCAGCUAGUUGCUGUUAACCCAGGAACACACACUCCUAAAUUGGCCAAAUCAGUUGAGAUUCUACGUUAUGCUUUCUCCAACCUCGGACGUCAUUCCGAGGCACAAAUGGUCCACAUUUGA